AUUUCCUCUUCUCUCUAGAAACCAAAAAAGCUAAAAAGCCUAAACCCCACUUGCAUAAACCCUCCCCAUCCUUAAAAUUUUCUGUGCUAAUUCUUCUCCUUAAUAAGUGUUCCUAUUUCUUCCUUAAUAUAAUUUGUUGUUGUUGUUGUUUCAACAAAAUAUAUCAAACCCCUUACCCAAUACCCAUCUUUUCUUGAUCAUUUGCCUCCCAUGGACUUGACCACCAGCCCCACCACCAAAACCCCUGAUUCUGAAAACGAUACCCCACCCCAGCCCCGCCUUAAGCCGCUGUCGUUCACCAACGGCGCCGCCGUGAACCGGAAACAGGCGGCGCCGCCGGCGGUGGUUUAUAAAGAAUGCUUGAAGAAUCAUGCGGCCAGCAUGGGCGGCCACGCCGUGGACGGCUGCGGCGAAUUCAUGCCCGCCCCCGACGCUACUCCGGCGGACCCCACCUCCCUGAAAUGCGCCGCGUGCGGCUGCCACCGCAAUUUCCACCGCCGUGAGCCGCCGGACGAUUACUCCUUUUCCUCCCCCACUCACAUCUCCUCCCCGCACUUCAUCGACUUCCGCCACCCCUUCCGCCGCCGCUCCUCCCCUUCUCCGUCCCCGCCGCCGCCGCCGCCGCAGCACAUGCUCCUUGCCCUCGCCACCCCGCCGGACAACCACCACCUGACGCCGGUGACCCCCACCGCCGUGAAGCAUGAGAACACCGCCGGGAGAAAGCGGUUCCGCACGAAAUUCACGCAGGAACAGAAGGAGAAAAUGCACAAUUUCUCCGAGAAAUUAGGGUGGAAAUUGCAGAAAUCCGACGAGGUGUCGGUGGAGAGAUUCUGCAACGAAAUCGGCGUUUCCAGAGGCGUUCUCAAAGUGUGGAUGCACAACAACAAAAACACCUUGGGGAAGAAAGACAACGUCAGCAAUGGAGGCUUCAACGUCAUCAACGGCGGCGAAACCGUAAAAAACGACGCCGUAGAGAACAACAGUAACAGCUUUAACAACGACGAUCACAAUGCUAGCAGUAGUCAUUGUCGUAAUGAUCAGAAUAUUUGUGGCGGCGAUGAUCUUAAUCUUCAUAUCUCAGCUCCCACUAAUAUAUAAUUAAAAAAAUAAUAUAUAAUGGAGCCUGUAAUUCUUCAUCUUCAUCUUCAUGUCUCAAUUUUAGUCACCAUAGAUCCAGAGAAGUCAUGUUUUCCAUUUCAAAUCUCUUUGUUUUUCUUCAUUAAUUAUUAACAAUAACACAUAAUUAAUGAAUUAGAGUCAGUCAGUCCUAGAAAACUUCUAAUGUAUCCGCAAAUCACGAAUUCGUGUUUUUGCCUUUCUUGUACUGUUUUUUCCUAUAAUUAAUCAUUUACUUAACAACAA